GAUAUGGGGAUCUCCAGGCCUUUGUACCGCGGGGUGGAAGGUCACAGCCUUCGCUUCCAGGAUGGGGAGCAUCGUGCACCUGUGCCUGCGCAAGGCCGACCAGAAGCUGGUGAUCCUGAAGCAGAUCCCGGUGGAGCAGAUGAGCAAGGACGAGCGGCUGGCGGCGCAGAACGAGUGCCAGGUGCUCAAGCUGCUCAGCCACCCCAACGUCAUCGAGUACUAUGAGAACUUCCUGGAGGACAAGGCACUCAUGAUCGCCAUGGAAUAUGCCCCAGGUGCGCCCUGACCUCUCCCAGUGCCUGUGGCAGGUCCAGGAGAUGCCAAGCACUCAACUCUCCUUGGGUCGAGCUGCCCCAUGUUGUGCACCUUGUAAAGAC